UUUUUUUUUCUGUCUUCCUGUGUUACCGCCCUUGAAGUGAGGAAGGGACUGAAGCUUGUCAUAUAGGAAAUAAUUUGACAUCGCGUAAUAGAAAUACACAGGACUUCUGUUCCAAGAACCAUUCCUAUCACUGGAGCAUAACAACCUCAGCACCCUGCACUGUCGGAAAUCUGAGCCUGGCUGGAGACGUUAACGGUGACAAGGUUUAAAAAGAAUUCUUUAGCAGACAGUCACUGCAGUCAUGGCUCUGCCAUUCAAAAAGGACUCGGAAAAGUACAAGGAUAUUGAUGAGGACGAAAUUCUCAACAAGUUAUCAGCGGAAGAACUGAAACAACUGGAAGCCGCUCUCGAAGAUCUUGACCCAGAGAAUGCACUUUUGCCAGCUGGCCUCCGUCAGAAGGAUCAGACCGUUAAGCCAGACACUGGUCCCUUUAACCGGGAACAGCUGCUUUCCUUCCUUGAGAAAGAAGCCUUGGAAUACAAAGACAGGGAAGAUACACUGCCUUUCACUGGCGAGAGGAAAGGCAAAGCAUGGGUGCCCAAACAAAGACCCAUAGAAACACGACAAGAGGAGGUGACCACCCUUGAUCCAGAACUGGAAGAAGCACUUUCUAGUGCAACUGAUACUGAACUCUGUGAUCUAGCAGCUAUUCUUGGUGUUCAUACGCUGGUGACCAGUAAACAUAGCUAUGACAGCAGUGGCAAUAAAGAGGGCUGCAACACUGGUGUGGUCAAAGGUGAACAAAUCCGUCCAGUUUUCGAUGAGCCACCUAACCCUACCAAUGUUGAAGAGACUUUGCAGAGGAUAAAGGGAAAUGAUCCUGCGCUGGUGGAAGUCAAUUUAAACAACAUAAAGAACAUUCCCAUUCCAACAUUGAAAGAUUUUGCAAAGGCGAUGGAAAAGAACACACAUGUAAAGAAAUUCAGCCUGGCAGCAACUCGAAGCAAUGACCCUAUAGCUGUUGCUUUUGCAGACAUGCUAAGAGAAAACAAGGCACUAAAGAGUCUUAAUCUGGAAUCCAACUUCAUUACUGGAGUUGGUAUCCAGGCUAUAGUCCAUGCCAUGAAAGAGAAUGACACGCUAUCAGAGAUGAAGAUUGAUAACCAAAGGCAGCAGCUGGGUGCUACAGUGGAAAUGCAAAUAGCCAAAAUGUUGGAAGAGAACACAGGUGUCCUGAAAUUUGGAUACCACUUCACACAACAGGGACCAAGAGCAAGAGCUGCGGCAGCAAUCACAAAGAACAAUGAUCUAGUUCGCAGAAGACGAGUGGAGGGCGAUGUGUAGACCUGGCGUGUUUGCCUGCCAAAUGCUGUGUUACAUCUUGUGGAAUAAUUCCUCUACAACAGUCUUGUGCCAAACCCAGGACAAGGCAUCCUCAAACUUCAGCUAUCUGGGUAGAAGGGAAAUGACUGGAAUAGCCUUCUCCAAUAAUUUAGCAGUAAAUGUAGUUUAGUCUAGUAAUUCAUUUGAAUAGCAUCCAUUUUGUUUUGUUUUUUAAAACAUAAAACCUCUUAAAUAUUACCAAGUGUUUUUUAUAGAGUAAAACAAUAACAUGACAGCUUAACUACACCAUAAAGAGUAGCAUCUCAGUAUUUGCACAACUUUUAUUUUCUAAAUAUUGAGAGCGUUGUUUAACUGAUAAGUGCACCCUGGUGACGAUUCAGCUUCGCGUCACAACAGAGAACGGUUCAAACUGAUUGAAGGUAUUGGAUGUUUCUUGGCUUUUUACAUUUUUUAUAUGAUUAUUGGGAUUAUUUUUGUGUUAGGGAUGCUGUUUAUACACAUAUAUAUAUAUAUAU